GCUAGGAUUGUAUCUCAGGCGACGCAAAGGUUGUAAAGGUUGAGACGGUCCCUGUAUCAAGGAGCUCCCUCAGCCUUGUGCUAUGGCACCAGGGACAUUUCUUUUCGUUUUAUGUUUCCUUUUCUCCCCUCUAUUAUCCGAAUGAUCCUCGUUUAGGAUCAUUUCUUCGUUUCUUUCUCAUUAUUCUUUUGAUUUCCUAGUACGGUGUUACUAUUGUGGCUUGAUUUCAGCAAUUCCAUUUAUUUGCAUUAACGCUAUUUUUGUUAUUUUGAAUAUUCGAAAGAGUAAGAGUUCAAGAUGUUUGCAAGCUUGACUACGAAACUGGCGAUGAGGAAGGUCGGGUUGUCUAGCGAUGCUUUCGACUUCUCGUCAAAAUCCAGUAAACCCAGUAAACCAAGCGAUGGUUCCCUACCUGGUCUCGACGAUUUAGAAGAGUCAAAUUCAGGGUGGCCAGCGUGGAUGAGUACUAAGAAACUACCACUUACGGCACAGGCCUGGUUAUCGCCCGUACCUCCACCAGUUCCCGUCGCUGAAUGCCCUAAGCCUGGAGACCUAGCUCCUCUAGACCGAGAUCGCCAGCUCACGUUUGGUGGCGGAAAGCCCGUUAUAGUGCUCUUCCUACGUUGCGUCGGAUGUGCUUUCGCACAGAAAUCCUUCCUAGCCCUCCGAGAUCUCGCAAUCAAGAAUCAAGGCAGACUCACCUGCAUCGCCGUGUCGCAUUCUUCGCGCGAAGCGACGUGGAAAUGGGUCGACAUACUAGGCGGCGCGUGGAACGUGGAAGUCGUCAUUGACGAAGACCGCGCUGUCUACGCUGCGUGGGGGCUCGGCCUGUCGAACUUCUGGUACAUGUUCAACCCCACCACACAGAUGCAGGGCUGGAAGGAGAAGGGCUGGCUCGGUAUAAAAGUGGCGAACUCCCUCCAACGGACGGGCAGUUUCAAGCAGGACGCAACGGCCAACAGCACCACUAGCGCCACCACGACCGGCGUAGGAGGUGCUCCGGAGGCAAGCGAGGGGCCUUCGACGGUGAUGGGGAAUAAAUGGCAGCAGGCUGGCCUGUUCGCUGUGGAUGGGAGAGGGACCGUAAUAUGGGCUGCGAAAGCGCUGCGCGCGGACGAUUUAAUGGAUUUAAAUGCUGCGGCCGUGUCGCUUGGCUUUUAAUUAGUAUCCUGGGGUAGUUGCGGCAUAACGAAUGAAUGUGUGUAUUAUGAUGUACGUUAGUUGUCGACAGCGCAGAAGGUGGUUCGCAUGCUAGGGAAAAGUAUUCGGGCUCUCGACUCAAGUACUUCUAGUCUACAUGAAGUGGAUACCCUCGACUAGGUAGACUUGACCAACGAGAUAAAGAGACUUCUUUCCCAUUAGCGAUGUGUGUAUCUGACAAGAAUUGAUAUCAU